AAUCUUUGAAGUCCAUAUUAUUAACGAUUGUUAUGGGAGAUCUGAAGCAUCCUAUACAUAUAAUUAUAUAUUACAAAUAUAUAUUUUAUUUACACAACGUAGAGAGAAUAUCAAUUUGCCGAUGUAUGAUAAAUACUCUCAUCAGAGUUACCGAAUGGAGUUAACUCACAUUGCAAUGAGCGUCUCCGAAAGUCAAAUACUUCGAUUACGCCACCUAGCCUCGCACGUUGCUCUUCCCAAGAAACGCCGCAGAUAAGAAUCUCGGCCGUCAAGUGUUUCGAUUUAUUAUACGUUCUGACACGUAGCAGUAGAAAUAACGCGUGGGCGACGAUUUUAAUGUAGGACGUGAGACAGAGAGGGAGAGAAUGCAAGUAUGAGUGGCUUGAGGGGGCAGAGGGAGACGAACGUCCAGUGACGUUUCUCCGCGUCUUCUGUGUGACUUUACGGCACGGUCUGAAAAUUCUCGCGAGAUAUGACAAGUAGAAGGCGUAUCUAUGCGUGAGCGAUAAAGCGGGUCGGCGGUUUACGGUGAUUCCGUUUGUAUAAUCAUAUUCCGUGCGAUAAUACCGCCUCGAACGCGACACGUAGCGACGUGGUCGAAUGUCGUGAACGGUAGCCGUGUCUGUUAUAUUCUUCGUCAAACUGUUGGUUAAAUGUCCCAGAUUACGGUCACACCAAGUGGGAUGGAGCGUAGUAUUCACGAGAUGUUGAAAGAUGCACCUUCCCUGAAUGAGAGCGACAACGCUGUACAUACAGGGACUCCACCGCCUCAUGUACCAAACAACUGCAGCAGUGACAAUCAUCCGCGACCAGCUACCAUAAACCUGAGUCUGGGUAGUCCUACAACGCAGACCUAUGCCUGUCUUCUUCCAGCAAUGGUCGUCUCGCCAAAUACACCUGUGCAGAAUGGUGAUACCCAAACUAUGCGUACCACGCAGAGCAAAAUUGAGAGUCUGAAAAAUUGGAGUAUCUCCACAUACAAGUGUACUAAGCAGUUAAUGUAUGAAAGACUAGGCAAAACAUCACGUACUGUAGACUUUGAACUUGAAACACAAAUUGAAUUGCUCAGAGAUACUCAAAGAAAAUAUUGUAACGUCCUACGAUUAUCACGAGCUUUGGCAUCGCAUUUUCAUCACGUUGUUCAGACACAACAUGCACUGGGUGAGGCGUUCUCCGAACUGGCACAGAAAUCACCCGAACUUCAAGAGGAAUUUCUGUACAAUUCGGAGACGCAAAGAAAUUUAACGAAAAAUGGCGAGACACUUUUAGGGGCCUUAAAUUUCUUCGUUUCCUCUGUGAAUACCUUGUGUAAUAAGACGAUCGAGGACACGUUGCUCACAGUGAGACAAUACGAAACCGCGAGGAUAGAGUACGAUGCGUAUAGAACAGAUUUAGAAGCGCUUGUGCAAGCUACAAAGUCAGACAGUAACAAUGCGGCGAGAUUAGAGGAAGCGCAGGCUAAUUACGAAGGACACAAACAGAAUUUCGAAAAAUUGCGCUCAGACGUUUCUAUCAAAUUGAAAUUCUUGGAUGAAAACAGGAUUAAAGUGAUGCACAAGCAAUUGCUGCUAUUUCAUAAUGCUGUAUCUGCCUACUUUUCGGGGAAUCAAACUGCGUUGGAAGCGACUCUCAAACAAUUCAACAUCAAAGUGAAAUCACCGAAUUCCACUCUGCCAUCAUGGCUGGAGCAGUAGUUGAAUUAAAUUGGAUACUUCGUCCCACGGUGAAAAAUGUGAAAUAAACAAGUACGUUCGUCCACUGAAUUGUCUUGAGUUACAAGACGCAGAAAGUAAAGAUAAAACAGUUAUAAAAAAAAA